ACAGCAUAUAUAAGAGCCAGAGGCUGCAGAGAAGACAGACAGACAGACAGAGAGGGACGCUCGCCAUCACUGCAGGACACCAGUGGACCUAAAUCUGCCCCCAGGCUGCUCAGAACUUCUCACAACCAGAAUGGGACUGCUGAGUGUGGAGGAGCUGGUGACUGGAAAGAGGUCAGAGGGCAGAGAGGCCAGCGACUUCCAGGGGGGCGCGUACGAGGCGGCCGUCAACCAGGAGAAGCAGGAUGAGCGGGGGUCGCUGGCAGGAGGAGGUGGGCCGCAGGAGGAGCGGGAGGAGGUCAGCGUGGCGGCUCUGAAUACGGAUAGAAGCGGGAGGCUGAAGCUGGAGACGGUGGAUGAUCUGUUCAACAUCCUGCAGCUGAGGAAGAGGAGGAAGGAGAGGAAGUCUUCUGUCUGCAAGAAAACUGAACCGGAACCAGAACCGGUGCCAGAGACGGUGGACGAGCAGCUCUUUCUGACGGCAGUCAUGGAGAACAAGCUUCCUGUGGUGGAGAAAUACCUGAGCGACGGAGGAAACCCCAACGCAGCAGAUCAUUUUCAGAGAACGGCUCUGCAUAAAGCUUCCUUCAAAGGACAUGUGGAGGUGAUGAGAAGACUUCUGGAGGCCGGAGCUGCCAUCCAGCAGAAAGACAAGCUGGAGGCCACAGCUGUCCACUGGGCCUGCAGGGGAGGCAGCCUUCCAGCCCUGCAGCUCCUCCUGGACCAGGGAGCCAAGUUCUCCAGCAGAGACAAGCUUCAGAGCACGCCUCUUCACGUCGCCGUGAGGACCGGACACUGCGAGUGCGCCGAGCAUCUCAUUCACUGUGGAGCAGACGUCAACGCCAGAGACAGGGACGGAGACACGCCGAUGCACGAUGCUGUGAGGAUCAACAGAUUUAAGAUGAUCAAGCUGCUGAUGAUGUACGGGGCCAGCCUCGGCACGAAGAACAGCGAUGGAAAAACUCCCCUGGAGAUGCUGUAUUCCUGGCAGAACGGAGCCAAGAGCCUCUUGUGCAACUUCAACGAGGAGAAGCCCUGAUCUCCUGGAUGAUCUGCAUUUCAGCUCCUCUGCAGAGACCUGCCUCCAUAGAUCAGUAGCCAAAACCUAUCCGGCCACUUUUUGAACUAAAUUCUGCUUACUGAGUGAUUUUGGGUCUGAUCUCCAUCAGGGAUCUUUCAGCAACAAUGUGACGUCCAAUCAGGAUGCAUUUGUGGCGUCAGCUGGACGUUGCUGGUCGGCGCCUCAGCUGACAGUCUGGAAGGGAUUUAUUUAGUUUUUCUUUAUUUUAAUCUUAAGCUGAGUUGAAUUCAGUGACGAUGCACCUAAAAGGUGAUUAAUUUAUUGAUAGAGCCUUUAUUUAUUGUCGGAUAUGUUGUGUUUUAUUUAAUCUAACAUAGAAGGGCUGCCUGUGUGUUGAUCAGCAUCUGAAGCUGAUUUUCUGCUUUUGACGAGUUUAUGAGAAGCAAGAGAGAAAAAAGUAGGUUUAAUCUUCCGGUCAGACAGAAUCUCUCCUGUUUCCUUUCUAGUUUUUUUUUAUUAGAACAUCUUGAACAAUAUGCAAAAUUUAACAACAACAUGCAGUUCAAGCCAAAGCAAAAACAAACAAAAAAUGCCUCUCACUAUCCUAGUUCUUAUGCAACUGGUCACAUUUCCACAUAUCCUCUUUAAGAUUUAAGUUUAGCAGUAUAUGUCCUCAAAAUAAAAUUGUCUUAAGGAACUGUGAUUAAAUCUGAUAGAACUCAUACGACAGAAAAGACAAUUAGAAGAAAUUUAUUGAUACAACUAGUUGGUCUUUGGCGCUCAGACCUCGGCAGGAAACAUAGUGCUUCAUUUUGAUAGAUAUGCAUGAACAGGAGCAAAGAACAG